AUGGACUUUCGUGAAGGAAUAGGCACGACGCGUAAAGUUCAUAUUGAAAUAGGCACUUUUUCCCAGCUUAAUGCUAGGACUGUUGCUGCUUCACCAUUCUCCUUUGAUCUUAAAAGGGAUGAUGUGGAAGCCUUUUUCAGUCAGUAUGCAAAGGUUAAUAGUGUGAGGUUGCCUCGCCAUGUUGCAGAGACGAGAGUGUUUUGUGGCGUUGCCUUGGUAGAGUUCCCUACAGAAGAGGAAGCUCAGAAUGUUAUGAAGCAACAGUUGGUCUUUGCUGGCCACGAGUUAGAGAUGAAACCAAAGAAAGAGUUUGAUGAUGAAAGGAAGAAAGAUGAAGAGAAGUUUGCUGACUACCGUCCUCAAAAGGGUUCUUCAAAUCAGAAGAACGGCUCUGAUCAUAAGAGCGGUUCUGACCAUGAGGCAAACUAUCCCAAGGGUUUGAUCAUUUCAUUCACUCUAAAGCGCUCAGCUGAAGAAGGUACCACAGAAGAGAAGAGUUCUGAAGAGCCAACUGCUAAGACAAUGGAUGAAAAUGACUCAACAACGGACAAAGAGAACACUGAUCAGGUUCAGGGCCAAGGAGCAGAGGGCGAAGAUGAAGAGGAAUAUUCAGAGACUAAAAAUGGGGAGAGAGAAGAAAAAGGUGCUUUAGCAACCCAUAAAGAUAAUAAAGAUGUUGUCUUGCGUGAAGAUCUCAAGGCCGUUUUUGGUAAAUUCGGUGAUGUCAAGUUUGUGGAUUUCAAAAUGGGAGCAGAGACGGGUUAUUAUCUGAGGUUACCUGAGGUUUGAUGAACCAGAAGCAUCCCAGAAAGCACGUGCAGCAGCAGUAUUAGCUAAAGAAGGUGGACUAGCCGUGAAGAAUUUCAUAGCUGUCCUAGAACCUCUUGCCG